UUGAGACGAAGACCUACAACUUUGAAACUAAUCUUAUUUCAUCUUAUUUUAGUCCUUAAAAAUAGAUGCGACAGCAGGAAAAGCAAUAGUUUGUGCCACCCAUGAUCGAUUUUAUUUUAAUUUGGACACCUGGAGAACUCUUUUUCGUCUUAGAAUGAAGAAUAUAAUGGUUAAAUGGGCAGAUAACACGUUGAUUUCUUGAUGUACCUUUGCUGUGACCUCUAGACUGUAGACGUUUCCUGAUAACUGUGCUUUAUAGCUGAUUUAAGUUUCUAAAUAGUUUAUAUCUAUGUGGAUCUAACUCACUAGGUGUUUUAAGAGAUAUUUUUCUGGACCUGAAUUUAUUUUGAUACACAUUCUGAAAAGAAGACACCAUGCGAUUUUUUUCCACGUUAUUUAACCGUAUAAGAAUUACAAAAAAUCGCUGCAUCAUCUUGAUUCUGACAUCAGUAGUGCUCUUCAAUGAAUGGCUUUCCUACACCAUUUGUGCCAUGAACUGGCCAGUGCCAGAGGAAGUGACGGAGGAACAUGUGAAGGUGCUUAUUGCAGCUGAUCCCCAGAUCCUGAGCACGGACUCCGAGCCUGGCUUCCCCUUCAACUAUAUCGCAGUCUGGGAUGCAGACAGGUUUGUAAGUCGAGGGUUCCAGCUAGCUCUGUGGAGAACCAGGCCCCAGGUGGUGAUUUUCCUCGGAGAUGUUUUGGACGAUGGCAGCACCAGCAGUGACGUAGGCUUCAGGGCUAAGGCCGAGCACUUCAAAAACCUCUUGCGCAUUCCUGAUUAUGUUGAACGCACUAUAUAUGUACCUGGGGAUAAUGACAUAGGUGGUGAGGGAAUGGACCAAGUGACACCAAACAAAGUCAGCAGAUUUUUCUCGGCAUUCAAGCAGACAGAUGUUGACUCGUUCAAAUUCCUUGAUUUUGUUCAGCUUCGUAUCAUGGACACCUUCGGGAACGAGAGCCAACCUCUCCCCGAAGAUGAAAACAGAAUGCGGAUACUUCUGUCACACAUGCCUCUCCUGCCAGUCACGAGGAAAGCUAUUAAGAAGACAAUAGUGGAGCAUCACCCCUCUUUGAUAUUUUCGGGUCACGAGCACGAGUCUUUUCACUUCAUUGGCAAAAAGAGCAUCGCCAGAGCAGAUGAAUUCUGGCCCCUCAGAGAUGACGACAGCAUCUGGAAGAUCGAUACCGUCACUGAGAAAUUGCAUGAGGUCACUGUUCCUACCUGUUCGUACAGAAUGGGCAAGAAGAGUUAUGGUUAUGGCACGGCUGUGAUUGGAAAGUCAGGCCUAGUCUACUACAAUGUCCUAUGGAUGCCCUCUCGUUUCCUGCAGUUGUGGCUCUAUGUGAUUAGUCUCACGGGUGUGUUUCUGUCCACCUUGCCCUCCCUAAUCCCCUGGCUCAAAACCCAUGUCGUUAAACUGUGUGAAGCGUGUGCCGUUGGUCUUAUCAGCUUGGGGCCCAAGUACCAUCGUGUAUAAACUUCUUGGUGGUGAUUUUUUAUAUUUUUGAAAUAUUUUUUAUAUAUUUUUUUUAUUAUUAUGAAUUUUUUGUUAAUGCUGUUGU